AUGACCAAAGAGUCACCCGUGAAGAACACAGCUCCACCAACGUAUAAAUUUAAAGUAAACAAAGAAUAUUCGAAUCAUAAGCCCAGGAUGCUCAUCCCACCUCGUCGAAAAGCGAUCCAUAAUUUCUACGAGUUUCAAAAAAAGUGCCUGGAACUCUCGGCAGAUUAUUACCAAGGCAUCGCCAAUUUGAUGCGAGAAACCGACGUUACUCUAUUCAUAUCACCACUUAACCAGGGUGAUCCACUUCAAAUAAUCAACGAAACUGGGAUGGUGAUCAGCGGUAUGCUUAACCCACCUUCGACUACGUAUGGUAGCGGUCCGGGCGCUGUUAAACAUAAUAAGGAAAAUAACGGCGAGAACGUUCAAGAACUGGAAAGCGGACCAAAUAAACCAACGCAAAGGAAUAAACGAGCGCCCCGACAAUUAUGGGGAGAAGAGGAAGUGGCGAGACUUAAAGCGUCUUUUACGAAAUAUCAGGGGGAUUGGGAGGCAAUUAUAAAGGAAUUUGAACCCGAUAGAACUAG